AUUGGUUUACCGCUAACACCGCUCAGCUCCAUCUGUUUUUGUCUGAAAAGAGCUUUCAAGAGCCACGAGAGACAAACUAAUCACUUUGGAUGCAGCCAAAUUACCAGGUCGGGAAAUCAUGCAUUAGUCAGGAGAAAGGUUUGUUGUCGACGGCUUGAGCUUGUGUGGGUCUGUCGGCAGAGCUCCUUGUUCUGUUCUGAAUCAGUGCACAAACCUCAGAGGGUCAGUUUUACGACAAAAACAUGAGCUUCAGCAUUGUGGAGCGAGGAAGACCCAACACCCAGGAGCACAGAAUCUUCUUCAGAAACUCUGAGGGCAAGUUCAUCUCUCCAUUUCAUGACAUCCCCAUAUAUGCUGAUGAAGCAGAGAACAUCUUUCAUGCAGUCGUGGAGGUUCCCAGAUGGACAAAUGCAAAGAUGGAGAUCGCCACCAAGGAUCCGCUCAACCCUCUCAAACAAGAUGUGAAAAAGGGGAAUCUUCGCUACGUGGCUAACGUGUUUCCUCACAAAGGAUAUAUCUGGAAUUAUGGUGCGAUUCCUCAGACAUGGGAAGACCCCAACCAUAAAGACUGCGACACCGGCUGCUGUGGAGACAACGAUCCUAUUGAUAUUUGUGACAUAGGGAAUAAGGUCUGCUCUCGGGGGGAAGUUAUCAAAGUCAAAGUUUUGGGAACUCUGGCUUUGAUUGACGAGGGGGAGACAGACUGGAAGGUGAUUGUGAUUAACACUGAAGACCCAGAAGCGGCAAACUUCAACGAUAUUGAGGAUGUUCGACGGCUCAAACCUGGAUACCUGGAGGCGACGGUGGACUGGUUCAGAAGAUACAAAGUCCCUGAUGGGAAACCUCAAAACCAGUUUGCUUUCAAUGGGGAGUUCAAGGACAGGGACUUUGCCAUCAACACAGUGAAAAGCACACAUGAGUUCUGGAAGGCUCUCAUCUCUGGAAAGUCUGACGCUGGUGGGUUAAACAGUAUGAAUACCAGUGUGACCAACAGUCCAUUCCAUGUCUCUGCAGAGGAAGCGCAAGCAGUAGUGGAGUCUACAUGUGCUUUUGGGUCAGAGGAUAUCGUUCCUUCUUCAGUUGACAAAUGGUUCUACUACGACAAAUAAGAGGGAAUCCCACCUCUGCCUUUGGCUGGAUACAUACAUUUUUGGGACUAAUUCCAAGUGCUAUUGAUUUUGCAUGGAGAAAUCAAGUGGCUUUCUGUUUGUCAUCACAAUUCAAUAAAAAUAAUGGUAACCUUG